UUGAUGGGCGGGGCUUAGGGGUUCUGUUCUGUAAUAGAGGAAGUGACAGGCACCUUAGACACGUCCUCCACACUUCAGACCAGGCUGCUACUGCAAAAGAGCUGCCUGGAGGUUUAUUCCGACCUGCACUCUCACAAAGAAGGGGUGAUCCUCCUUAGACAGAGCGGAACAGAAGGCAGCCAUCAUCCAAAGAAGACCUUUUUGGGCAUCCUUCAAGAAAGCCUGGAGGAUUUUUCCUGAAGAAAAGACAAGAAAGUGACACCAUGGCAACUGAAGGGGAUCCGACAGAUUUGGCCAAAGUCUUCCACCUCCUGGUGCUUUCCUUCACCUGGGGCAUGCAGCUGUGGGUCUCCUUCAUCGCCGGGUUUGCGCUGGUGCAGCAGGUCACCCUGCACACCUUCGGCCUGGUGCAGAGCAAGCUGUUCCCCGUCUAUUUUUACUGCCUGCUGGGAAGCAACCUCACCAGCCUGGCCGUGUACGCCGUCUACCACCCCCGGGAGCUGCUGGACUGGCACGAAAGCCUGCAGAUGGCUCUGUUCUUUGUGGCCCUGGUCAUGUCCGGCCUUAACGCCCAGUGGUUUGGGCCCGCCGCCACGGAGGUGAUGUUCCAGAUGAGGGAGGUGGAGGAAGAGCACGGCCUGGGGAACCAGGUCGGCCUCGGCAGCCAGAAAGAGGCCUACGCCAAGCUCAAGGAGCAGGACCCCAAGUACAGAGCCUACAAGAGCAAAUUUGGCCGCUACCACGGGCUGUCCAACCUCUGUAACCUCGUAGGCUUCAUCUGCACCACCACUAAUUUGGUCUACACAGCUCUGAAUCUAUCCACCAUUUAGGGCAGAUUAAACUGAGAGCGGCCCACGGCCUCAGAACUUGACAAAUGACUCAGGAGGUAAUUCCAAAUGGUCAAAUGGGCAAGAUCAUUUUGGAAUUAAAUGGGCUGGAAUUAAAGCGUGAACGGCAUUCAAUACAUUUUAGUCUUGAAGGGCUUCAUCCACCCAGAGUGUGUUACUGCGCAGUGGCUGCCUAUAAGUGUGUGAAUCUAGCUAAAUAAAUAAAAGAGCCUUUUAUUUAUUUUAUUUUUUUAAAUCCAGGGCUUGACAGUAUUGUUUGCAUUUACCUUUGCUGAGGCCCGCUCAAGGACCAGGUUUUAUUACCGUAGUAUUUUAAAAUCAUGUCCUGAUCUGUGAUGCCUUAAAAUAGAUUUGACUGUGAAAUUCCACUCACUGGCAAUAAACCAGUCCUUGUUUUGAAUAACACUUAAAAAAAAAGUAGGAUGUAGUUUUGUAUUUUUAUGUUCUUUUUAUUUUUAAGUGUAAAUUUGAAGAAAAUCCCCAAAUGUGUUUAUUGCUUCCUGUUACCACCAGCAGGGGGGAAUGUUCAGACACGUUUUUCAGAGCACUGCAUUUCAUUUCAAUAAUCUUUUGCCUUUCAUCUUGUAACUAAAAUGAGUUUUUAUCAUGGUUGAUUAUGAUGAAUUAACACUAUUAAACAGUGUACAUUCAAACCCGGUGAAAGUCCUUCAGUUUUCUUUGCUUUUGUGUGAGCUCGUGAUGCGUGUGAUUUGAAUCCACAUACACUCGUAACAAACACCUGUGCUGUGAGAGAAGGUUUGGAAAAACGCCGUCCUUUUAGUAAUUUUUUUGGUUUCACGCGGUCGAAGUAAAGCCAGACUCCAAAGACGGCGCCUGGAUUGGGAAUAGCCUGGGUUUAAUGCUAUUACUGGUGAUGCACAUCAGGUUUUCAGAGGAAAGGCCUUGAAGGCAAAGAACAUUUGUUUAAAUGCUG